AUGCAGCCUUACCGUAAUGUAGCCACAACUCAGUUUUUGCCCAUUUAUUGGAACUGUGAACAGUGUUUGUGCGAAAACUGCUUGAAGUCCCCCCAUCAAGAAUCAAGUUCGUGUGUGGAUAACACGCAAAAGCCUUCAUUCUCUAUUGAAUCCUUGUUAAGCAGAAAGGACGGACCAAAAACUGACCAAUGCAUGGUAAGUCCGUCUUUGAAGAUGAACGGAGUCCCCAGUAGUACUACUAGACAGCUCCCUAACGAUGCUACCGAACUAUUACAUGGCUACCUUGCACAUUUCCGACAUCCGCCGAGCUUUGCUCAAGUACCCCUGUUUGGAAGAGGAAACUUCCAUGCAAAUGGUGAGUUGACUAAUUGGCGUGAAAUCCUAAAAAAUACAUUUGGUUAGUUGGGUUUGAUUUUAUGAUAAUAACCAAGUUUUUAUUUUCACGCGGUGACAGGUGACAGAGAACAGUUAGCUAGGAGAGAAAGAUGCGAGAGGAAUUGAAUCCCAGAGUUUAUCCUAAGCCACGCAAAUUUACUUUUGCGGGAUUCACCGAAAUAGAUCCUGACAGUCAAAUCUAUCUUUCUUUCCUAUUUGGAAUUAGAAUUCAGAGGCGGUGCACCAUGAUAAUUUUAUUGUAUUAGAAAGGCGCUUAUAGGAAAGGCAUUAAUUGCCUUUAGAUUAAACUCCUCCCCAGCACUGAAUUGUCGCGUUGUUUUAGUUCUCACGCGCUUAUACAAGUGCCCUUAUUACUGAAACAUGGUAUUAAGUCGAUCCUCUCACGUCCCAAGGUGUUUGUGUGACUGAUGAAUACAAUGAAAUGAUGCCAGGAUGUAUGAUUCAUCCCUUGUAAGUUUAAAGCAUAAUGCUUGUAGUUAUAGUUUUUUCGUGACAUCCAAUAAAGUUUGAAAGUAUUUUUCAAUCUUUCACAAGCUUAAAUGAUUAAAUCAUUUCUUCAGUAAUACGCAUUAUAUAAUGGGAAAAGCGAGUGAGUGCAAAAUUACUGAAUUCAUGACUCAAGACAAGCUGUCUCUAUUCUCGUGCUAUUGGCAAAAAAUUACAUCAUUUCACUCGGUCCUUUUCCAUCGUUGCAGGAACUUUGCUCGCCCGCAGCGACGAAACAGAUUGGUCCAUCGAAAAGCCUAAACGCAUGCGCACCAUCUUUACCGUGGAGCAGCUGGAGCGCCUGGAACGAGAGUUCACACGCCAGCAGUAUAUGGUCGGAGGGCAACGGUUCUAUCUUUCCAAGGAGCUGGGUUUGACGGAAACUCAGGUGAAAGUCUGGUUUCAAAAUCGAAGAAUAAAAUGGCGGAAACAACUAAUUGAACAACAAAGAAGUAAAGUUAGAUACCAGAAAGAGCCAAGCAUAAGUGCACGAGAGGAAAAUGAUUGCUCUUAA